UGUCCGGUUGUAAAAGUGAAAUGGAUUUUUAAUGUGUUUGCCAACACUGAGGAGAUAGAGGAGAUGCAGCAGUAGAGCAUAAUUCAGGCAUGUGCUUUGGGCAGAACUUGUUCUUAUCUUAUCUUAUCGUGACUGAUCACAUGUACCUGAAAAACUAAGGCAGCAAUGUACCUGACUCAGGAACAAGAAUUAGUCAUACAUAGUUUGGUGAGAAAAUGCAUACGCACUCGUUAUCAGAUGUCGGUCAACAUUGUAAUUUGCACAUCAAACAGUCUCAUUAAAAUUUUUUAUUACUUGGACAAUCGCUGGAGAGGCGUCCUAAUUUUGUGAAAUGAGAUCUCAGAAGGUGACCUGUGACACGUGAAACGUGUAAAUUCCCAUCGGAAAUUAUAUUUUCCACGGAGAAAAAAAAUGUCGAAAUUGGACGUGAGUGGAUUGAAAAGGUUGCCAUCAGCAUCAUUACACCGCCACGAGUCUCGAUUACCUUCGACCGGUCACACAAUGGCGGCCCUGACGGUCGCCGUGUUUGAUAUGUUCCUCCACUCCGUGGGGAUUGGAAUGGGACUCUUUUUCAUCUCCUACUUGACAAUGAAUCAUAAUAAUCUUUCGCAUGAUGAAAGGCAGACUUUAUUAGAUUUAGGGUUUUUGAGCAUAUCGUCCUCUGCCCCCUCAAAGUUUGGGAUCGUACUCAUCAGCCUCUACCUCGUGUAUUUGGCUACAGGACUCGUGUUCGCUGUUUUACUCCUGUUCGGAAUUUGCGAGAAAUCUACCACGUUCUGCUACCACUGGAUGAACUUAGCCCUCGUGAACCUCUUCGUUAAAGGGAUCCAAUUCAUCUACUUUUCCUCCCUGAGCAAAGAAACGUUGAUCGGAGUGGGUUCAUUUUUAGUAGAACCGGUCAUCCGCUUUGCCAUGUUUUAUGUGAUCUACUCCUACACCAAGAAACUGAAGAGGGCCCAGUGGCAGACGCACGUCUACCUCGUGUCCUCCUCCUCGGACCAAGAAAAUCAUCCCGAUCGCUGUUAAGAAAAUACAUAGCUCUCGUACAAAAUUAAAUAAGCAACGGACGCUGCCUUUAUUUUAGUUGGGUGGUGGCUGACGAGCGACCGUGUGAGAAUUCGUAUUUCAAUUCACGCAGACCAACCCUAAGCGGAUUACUUCGCUGCGAAUGUUGUGGGUGUUUUGCCAAUUUAUUAUAGUUAUCGUCGCCAUCCUCCCAAAAUCCGUCCCCUCCUCAUCCUCCUACCGAUUAAUUAUUUGUAAACCACAAAUAAAUCUAGAGAAGCGGGCUUGUGUAACCCGAGUUAUUUCUGCAAA